CAUAUAUAUAGUUUUACGAUCUAUUUCCCACGUGACAUUUUGUUAAAUUUCUUAAUAUCAUCUUUCUAUCAAUUUAAUAUAAUUUAUCGAACGUAAAUAAACACAAACAUAACUUUAAAAACGUGAUUUCUAUUUUAGAAUAAACCACCAGCCAAAGAGUAAGAUAGUGCGGACGCUUCCAAAGCCUGUCCACUUCGUUCCAUUCUAACCUUUACCAAACAUACAGGGGCAUUUUCUCAAAAAUUAUAAAAUAGAUUAAAAUGAAAUUAUAUGUUGGAAACCUGACUCCUGAAGUAGAAGAAGAUUCAAUAAGGGAGUUGUUUGAGAAUCUCAAUAUUAAAGUUACUGAAAUUGCUUUGAGAAAAGGGUAUGCAUUUGUGGAUUGCCCUGAACAAGAACAGGCAGAUGAUGCAAUUGAUAAAUUGAAUAGAUACAAGUUUAUGGGGACAGAUAUAGUUGUUGAGCCAUCAUUCCCCAAGACUAAGACAUUUAGAGUUCAAAUCAAAAAUACUCCUCAAAAAAUUUCUAUUGAAGAUUUGCAAGAUCUUUUAAAAACCUUUGGUCGUAUUUUGAAAUUUGAGACUUUGAAUAAUCCACCAAAUACUCAUAUUAUUACUUAUGGAUCAAUGGAAGAAGCAGAACAAGUUAUAGAGAAAUUAAAUAAUAAGGAACUAGAAGGAGAGACAUUGGAUGUUGGCUUGAUUCCACCUAGAAGACCAAGAGCAAGAAAUUUUAAUGGCAAUUCAAAUUCUUCUAGUAAUAAUAGGGGUACUAGAAGAGGAGUAUCAUCCUAUAACAAUAAUAAUGGUCAGAAUGGUAGAAAUAUAAUACCCAAAGUUUCUGAAUUUCCUUUAAAGAUAUCAGUUCCUAGUGAAAUGGUUGGAGCUAUAAUUGGUAGAAAGGGAGAAACUAUUAGGACCAUUACUCAACAAAGUCAUGCAAGGAUUGAUGUAUUUAAGAAAGAUAAUUCAGAGGUAAGAAGAAAUUUUAUGAUGAAACCUAGAGAUAUGUCACUGAAUAAUGAUUGGCAGACAAUCAUGAUUGUUGGAUCACUGGAAGCCUGUACUGAGGCAUGUAAAAAGAUUUUAGAAAUAAUGAAUGAAGAAACUAAAACAAAUGGAAAAGGAGAGAUACCUCUUAAAAUUCUGGCUCACAAUAACUUAAUUGGUAGAAUUAUUGGGAAAAAUGGAAAUAAUGUUAAACAAUUUAUGGCAGAGUCUGAUGCUAGAAUUACAGUAUCUAGUGGCCAUCAAGAUGUAGACAAUUGUAAUAUGGAAAGAACCAUAACUAUAAAAGGCCCCUUAGAUAAAGUUAUCAAAGCUCAAACAAUGAUAACAGCCAAGCUUAAGCAAAGCUAUGAAAGUGAUUUAGCUGCAAUGAGGGAUUUCAUGUUUCCAGGUCUACCCAACUAUGGAGGCCCAAGAGCAAAUUCAGUAGGCUUGAUCAAUAUGGCCAACUACUUCCCAGGGCUCUUUUUUGGUGCUGGUAAUGGAAGAGGAGAAACAGAGACUGUGUUUUUGUACAUUCCCUAUGCCUCUGUUGGUGCAAUAAUCGGAACCAAGGGAUCUAAUAUUAGAAAUGUCAAAAAUCAAUCUGGAGCCCAGAUUAUAAUUUCUCCUCCUGAAAAGGCUGAUGAUGCACUUUCCAAAGCUAGAAAAGUUACCAUUAUAGGAACCCCUGAAGCCCAAUGGAAAGCUCAAUUCCACAUUUUCGAGAAGAUUCAAAAUGAAGGAUUUGCUGGUAUGGAUGAAGUUAGCUUGACUUGUCAAAUAUUUGUUCCCACCCCAUUGGUGGGUAGAAUCAUAGGACGCAAAGGCCAAAAUGUGCAAGAAUUGCAAAAGCUCACUGGUGCUUCUAUUAACGUUUCGGAAGAAGGUAACAAGGAGGAUCCUCCAGAAGAAAGCUGCAUCUCUAUCCAAGGACCCUUCUAUCCUAAUCAAUCAGCCCAGCGAAGAAUUAGAGCCAUAAUAGCUCAGACAAGGAGCACCUCGGCUCCUCCCUUAAGGAGAAGAAGAGUUGGAGGCAAUAAUAACAACCCUGAGCGUGAACGAGAACAACCACUACCACAACUUAAUGGAAAUUAAAAACCUUGGAUUUAUAGCUAAAAAACAAUUUUCUUGUAAUAAUUUUUAUGAAGCUUAACAAAUAAUAAAUAUCAAUAAUUUUUGUACAACUUUAUGAUAGAAUUAAAUAUCAUCUUUUUAAAAACAUAGUUUUUUGUGUUCUUUCAAUAUUUCAUUGCAUACAUUAACGUUACUCUAUGUUUCAUUUUCAUGUAAAUUUUUGGAUUUGCUUAGAAGUCUGAAUUUUUGGUAAAUUUUUCAUCAAAAUAGAGCACUUUUAAUUUGUUGUCCUUUACUUACGAUACAUAUAUUGAUCUUACAAUGAUAAUAAUAAUCCCUAUAAAUAUCUUAAUUACAUAAAUAUGAGCAUUUUUUUAUGUAAUAACCUUUUUAUUACAUAACCUUUGCAAAUAAACAUUAUAUAUCCAUUUUGGAUAACUCCUUUCUAACAUAUAGUUUUUCUUCAUAACUACCCUUUUCUAACCUACGAGGCAUUGAAUCAUAGUGUAGAAUGGCAGAUCAGUUUAAAUUAUUUCGCAUUGCACCAUUGUAAUGAUAGUUAUGGCUUUAUUUGGAUCUUGUUUAAUUAUUUUUAUAACGAUUUGGUAUAAUUAAAAACUCAUUCUUAAAUUAGCAAGGCUGGUGGUUUAUUUUGUAAUUUAUUAUAUAAUAUAUGCAAUUAAUAAUAUUUAUUUUGUAAAUAUAUAUAUAAAAAUAUUGUAAAUUAUAUAUUUUUUUUAUACACAUCAUUUAGUCAAUUAUUUGAUGAUUGAAAAUCUGAUUUAUCUUAUAAUAUUAUUAUAUAUGGCUAUGUCUAUUUAUAAACUUCAGGUUUAUGCAUUUUCAUUUCUCCCAAUUUUUGUUGGGGAAAUUUGUGUGUGUGAUUCUUUUUAUACCGUUUAUCGCACUCAUUAUUAAGUAUUUUUAUUUUUUUUAAUUUCAUUUUUAUUCAAUUCACUAUUAUUUAUUAUAUAAUAAGUAAGGUUACAAUUAAACAUUUUUUAGAUUAAUUUGUAUAUUCCGAAAUAUUCGUAGAUGAAAAUUUGUGUACCUGAAAAAAUUUACUGUGCAAGUGCUGAAACCUUCAGUCCAGAAGCCUCAUCUGUAGUUCUCUAACUCUCAUCACAACACCUCUACAAUUUUAUUUCAAUUUAAUUUUGUAUCCUUUAAUUCUUAUAGUUUUUUUUUCUCUUAAAAAAAUUGAAUUUAUAAAAUAAAAUUUACGGAUUUUUUAAAAAUAUUUCAUACCAUUUGGCUAAAUUUUUUCAUAAAUUUUUUUUUUGAAUUAUAAUUUUCCAAUUUACUUUGUAAUCCCAAACGAUAUCUCAUUUUUUCAAUACAAAAAAAUUAUAAAUAAAUAUAAAAAAAAUAACAAAAAUAUUAAUUGUAUUAACUUAUGAUUUUAUUAAUAUCAUUCAUACACCCUGAUUCAUUCUU